CGGGAGCGGACUGCAUGCCAUAGAGUUCGCGGAAGUGUUUUGCUAGAGCAGGCGCGGAGGCUUAGGACGCGAGGAAGAUGGUGGCGUGCGAGCAGCUCCGCGUGGUCCGCUGCGGAGGGAGCUGGCUGAGUGGCAGCCGUGCCGCCUUCUCUGCAGACUCCAAGUACCUUUUGUGUUCUUCGGGUGACUAUGUAAAAGUCUACAGCACAGCUACAGAGGAAUGCCUCCAUGUUCUCCAGGGUCACAAAAACCUAGUCACAGGAAUACAGUUGAAUCCCGUGAACCACCUGCAGCUCUAUUCCUGGUCUCUAGAUGGCACUAUUAGGCUAUGGGAUUUUAUGGAUGGCAUUCUCAUUAAGACAUUUGUUAUCGGGUUCAAUCUGUAUGCAUUUUAUGCACUUCCAAAUUUUGAAAAUUCGGGAUUUCUUAUCAUUCCAAAGGAUGGAGAUGAAAAAUCAGGUGUAUUUCAGCUCGUAACAGUGGCACUUCCAAAAGUACCAGCACAGGAAGUAAAAGCCAAAGAAAUGGAAUUGGUUUUGGAAGGGAUAAACGCAUCACCCAAAUGUACUGCGUUUGGAAGAGAUGGUGAAUAUGUGGUGUCGGUCUUGGAACUUCAUCUUGUGGUUUGUUUUUUCAAGAAAAAGAAAAUGUACAGGUUUUCUUUGGGUUCAAAAUUCAAAAGUGGCACAACCAGCCUUUUUACCUGCGUCGCCUGCCAUCCAAAGGAAGACUGCAUAGCAACCGGACACAAGGAUGGCAAAAUACGUUUGUGGAGAAAUUUUGAUCACAGGAGAGAAUACACAUUCUCCACCAUGCACUGGCACCAUGAUGAAGUUAUGGAUCUUGCUUUUUCUAUAGAAGGAACAAGCCUACUGAGUGGAGGGAUCGAGUCAGUCCUAGUUCAGUGGCGGGACGCUAAGAAGGAAUUCCUGCCUCGUCUGGGAUCCACAAUACAACAUAUCUCUGUCUCACCAGAUGGGACUUACCUUUGUACUUCACAUUCUGACAACAAAAUAGUAAUAAUACACAGCAACUUGAAAGUGGCUGGAAUGAUUCAAGGAUUAAGCAAAGGCAAUGAAAUCAAGACUGGCUUGAUAGUUGACCCAAGAACUAAAGCUUUAGUUAUGAAUGGAAAGCCUGGCCAUCUGCAGUUCUAUUCAUUGCAAAAUGACAAGCAACUGUACAAUCUGGAUAUUGUGCACCAGGAGUAUAUUCAUCAGCAGGGUCUGAACCAGGUUGAGGUGGUGAAGGCUGCGUUUGAUUCCCAAGGCAACUGGCUGGCCACAGUGGAGCAGCGACAAGAAGGGGACACCGAACUGGAAUUGCAAAUGAAGCUCUGGGCUUAUGAUGAGCAAACACAAAGCUUUACUCUGAACACAAGAAUAAAUAUGCCACAUGAAGAUCACAUCACAGCUGUGUGUUUCCGUUGCACAGAUGAGACUGAAAACACAAAUCCCACUUUGGUAACAGCUAGCAAUGAUGGCCGUUUUAAAGUCUGGAUGCUGGUGGUUGAAAGUGAUGGUGAAGAUCAAAGCAAAACCUGGACAUGUGAUUUUGUAGGAAGUUACCACAACUACCGAGCAACAAAUUGCUGUUUCUCCGAAGAUGGUUCCCUGCUUGCGGUUAGCUUUGAUAAAAUCGUCACAUUGUGGGACUCUGAGACAUGGGACCUCAAAUGCACAUUCUGCCAUCCCCCUGGAACUAUACUAAGCCUGUGUUUCGGAAGGCUGAGUUGUUCAAAGUACCUCCUUGGCAGCACCAAUACUGGCUCCUUGUGUUGCUGGAAUUUGCUGAGCUGCACAUUGGAAUGGUGCGCCCAGUUAAAUGUCACUGUUCUGCAACCUGACUGUCUGUCUGAGAACAUCGUUGCCAUUUCAUGCGAUUCUGAAUUCUCAGAUGUGUUUGUAUUUAAACCAAGUGAUCCGCGGCCCUUCUGCAUCCAACGAUGGGUUUGCAGAGGCAAAGUGCAAUGGGCUGUCUUCGUUCCAAGGGAGGUUCCUGAAUCCAUCAGCUCUGAAAAAUAUCAGUGGCUGAACCAGUCUCAGUUUUACUUCCUCACUGAAACACAUGAGUUGAUGACGUUUAGCACAAAAACCCCAGAAGAGAGGCUUACACCUUCCAGCAGACAGCUGGCAGUAGAGGAGAGCUUCCCCGUGACACCCUUUUAUCUGCUCCUGGGAAAACACCAGCAACAGGCAAAGGAGACUAGAAAAACCAGCAAAGCACCUGUACAGAGUAACAUGGCAUCGGAGUCACCUGCGAUCAAAGACCUGCUUCAUACUCCUGCCCACGUCUUGCCAUCUGCUACUUACCUGUGUCCUAUUUUUCUUAAUUCACUUCUGGUACCCAAAUCAAGUAAAAGAAUUGACCAAAUUCCAGACGAAGUUGAAAUGGAAAGUAACAAUGAAGAAGAGGAGUCAGAGGAGGAAACACACACCGCUGAAGAAGUGCACCCAGAGGCUUCAGGUCUGGCAGAGUGUUUGGAGGAAGUUAUACCUAAAUUAUCGAAAACUCAGGAAAGAGAACUGCGUAAAUUAAGAAAACUGGACUACAGCUGGGUGUCAGCUCUCUAGAUGCAUAAUGCCAUGGACUUACAUUUCUUAUUCAUAAUUUAAGACGGUGAUCAUGUUUUCAAAUAAAAAUUUGUAUUUUCCAGGA